UCCCAAAUUUUGCAAUGAUGUGGUGAUGGCUCGGCGCGUCUCCGGGCAUAUUCCACCGAGAAACAGCCACAAGAGCGCCGAUGACUCCGGUGGCGGCGACCUGCCGUGCUCCUCCGCCGCUCGCCGGAAAUGUUUCUCGCCUCCGUCCGAACUCUCCGUCCUCCAUCUCCGGACCUUCGGCUUCCGCCGCUCGUGACCGCUGGCGUCCACCAAGAAGAGAGCAAGUCCCGCCACGCUUGAACGCCGGGACGUGGCUUCCGAAACCGCCGGCCGCGCCCGACCCUCUCCGUCCCUCCCGCUCCCUCGCUUCCGCCCGCCGCGCUUCCCGCCGGAAAGGCGACGCGGUCUCCGACGCCGUCGAGGGCGGCGGUAGUUCGCGGCGAGCGCUUCAGAUUAUCCUGUGGGCAGCCGAGGCGGUCUACAUCCUGUGGCUCUUUCUCCUCCCUUAUGCCCCGGGAGAUCCAGUGUGGGCGAUCAGUUCUGAAACGGUGAAUUCUCUUGUGGGGCUCUCUCUGAAUUUCUUCUUCAUACUGCCCCUGAUGAACUCCGUUGGGAUUAAUUUGAUUAAUGCCCCAGUCCUCCACCCGAUGUCUGAAGGCCUCUUUAAUUUUGUCAUUGGCUGGACUUUCAUGUUUGCUCCUCUGCUAUUUACCGAUCUCAGAAAGGACAGAUACAAAGGUUCACUGGACAUUUUAUGGGGCCUGCAGAUGUUCCUCACAAACACGUUCCUAAUUCCUUACAUGGCCAUCCGACUAAAUGAGGCUGAGCAGGAUGAAACUCCAGGCAAGCUCUCUCAGCUAGGCUCGGUGAUGACGAAUGGUGCACCGGUUGUGGGACUGAUAGGUGGAGGAGUUUGUCUGAUUUCGGUAUUGUGGGCCCUAUUUGGCAGAAGUGAUGGCGAUUUUGGUGGCAUAGCAGACAGACUGGACUUCUUGGUAAGCUACCUUGGUUCUGAGAGGCUGGCGUAUGCCUUCAUAUGGGAUAUAGUACUUUACACAGUCUUCCAGCCUUGGCUAAUCGGUGACAACCUACAAAACAUUGAGGAUAGCAAGACUGGAAUAGUGAAUUAUCUUAGAUUUGUUCCAGUUGUUGGUUUGAUUGCCUACCUUCUCUGUUUUGAUCAAGACAAGAAUAAUGCCUAACUGUACCACAUUGGGUGUAUAUGCCAAUGAGUCCACCUGUAGUUCAGUCUUGUUAUCAGGAACAGUUGGGGAGUUUCUUUCUAGUUGAUUCAACGUCUUACAUCCUCUAUCAUGAUCACUAAAUGCUGCUUAUGCAGUGGCUUACCGUCUGGUGUUGGGAAUACCUACAUUACCCCGUUCUUACAAUUGAACUUUCCACACACUUUCUUUUCCACAAA